UCAGAGAGUCCGAAGCUGGGAUCCCUGUUCUCCAGAGAGUGGGCCGCUGACAUUUUAAAGAGCUGCAGAAUCAGCCUGGAAGUAGAAAAAGCAGCCAGGGUUCCUGUCACAAGAAGCUGACACAGUUUGGAAGAUGGCACCUGUGUCCCAGCUCUAGCGCCGUCUCUCAGCAAACGUGCCACGAACACAGCCCCCCCCCUCCUCCCCUGCAGCCAAGUAAUGGAGGCAGUGGCGCUCUUUGACUUUGAGGCAACAGAGAGGGAUGAGCUGACUUUCAGAAAAGGCAAUCUGCUGAAGAUCACCAACAUGGAGGAUGACCAGAACUGGUACACAGCAGAGCUGCAGGGCACACCAGGCUUCGUCCCAAAGAAUUACAUCAAGGUCACUGCCCACCCAUGGUUUGCUGGUAGGGUCUCACGGCUUGCAGCUGAAGAACGGCUGAGACACAGUGCAUGUGGUGUCUUCCUGGUCAGGGAGAGUGAGAGCUCGCCCCGUGAAUUCUCCCUAUCUGUCAGCUAUGGCGACCAUGUCCAGCAUUUCAAGAUCCUACAAGAUGGCAAGGGGCAUUAUUUUCUCUGGGAAGAGAAGUUUGUGUCCAUCAACAAGCUCAUUGAUUUCUACCGGAACACUACCAUUGCCAGGGAGAAGAACAUCUUCUUAAGGAAUAGACAGCCUUCACUUGAGCCUCGGGAGGCACAAGCUCUCUUGGACUUUACACCAGACCAACCAUCUGAGCUGAAAUUCGGCAAAGGAGAUGUUAUUGAGCUGCUGGACUGCUCAGACUCCAGUCUCUGGAAAGGCCGCUGUCACGGCAGAGUGGGAGUCUUUCCAUCCAAGUAUGUCCUACCAACCGACAAUGGCCAGAUGUAAGCACUCUGCUACCAGAAAUGUCAAAACAUGCUGCCAUUCUGUACGGUCACUGCUUUUAAACAUACCAACUUUCUGUUCAUAUGACCACAAACAUACUGACCUCCAGAAUGGUCACUGUUAUAUACAGUGACAUUAUCCACAAACACCUCGAUGAAAGCUGUUGUCAAACACACCAAAUUCCUGCAUGGUCACUGCUCUUCAUGUGACCACGUACCACCCUCAGCCCACCUAUGAUCGCUAAUCUCUUUAUGACCACCAUUCUCCAAAAUGACAUCAUAAGCACUGGUAUCCUGUAAUCAAGCCCUAUCCCCACUCUCCUGUUUUGCCAACUACUGCCUGAACGACUCCCAUAAGUCGUGUCCUUCUCUUUGGUCACCAGUCUCCAGACACCACUUGAACAGGUACACAUGUUGCAUUGCCAAUGCUGGUCAGCCUGUUUCCUAACAUACUGACAUCCUAAGCGGUUUCUGUCCAGACUGCUUUCUGCAUUGCCCUUAACCACACUGACCCUCCCGCAUGACCACUAACGUCAAAACAACUGCCUUAAAUGGUGACCUUGUCUAUGGCCUCUACUGUUCAAACCUUUCAUAUUUAAAUGGACAAGGUACUGUCAAAAUAUAUAACAGCUUUCAAAUAAGCUGGCCUGCUGCAUGCUGUCCACACCACUUUGAAAUGAGUGAACCCUCUGCAUGGUCAUUUCUGUCCAGUGUACACCGAGAUCCCCUGGCACUGUCUGUGUUAACUGCUUUAAGACAAGAGGAUCUCUUAGUAGCAGAUGAGUGAUGGACACUUGAACUACUGCUAGCCUAACAAAAAAUGCACCUUCUAUAAUAAAGACCCAGCAGAGACA